AUGCCUCGCCGCGGACCUGCACCGAAAAAGGCGGGCCCCAAACGGGGCGGACCAGCCCCCAAAAAUACCAGAACCAAAUCGCCAGUGUCCCCUCGUGUGCCACCUCCUCCCCCGCCCCCACCACCACCGCCGGCACAAUCUCACCAGCAGCCCGUCUCCCAGCGGGACGUAUUCGACGAAAUGAUGGGCUCGGAGAUCAGCAGUGACAACUCUAGUCAGGAAGCCCCGCCCCGGGUUGCACUCCCUUCCAAACGCAAGUCACCUCGCUUCCAGGAUGGCGCCGGCGCCGGAGCCGUCGCCAGCGACGACAGCUCCCUGUCGGAAGCGAACCCCGACAGAUCCCGCCAGCAGCAGCCGCCGCACCGCCGCAAGGCCCCCGCCCCCAAAAAGAGCCAAACGGCGGCCCUCAAGGAGAUCGCCAAGCUGCAGCGCACCACGAACCCCGUCAUCCCGAAGUUGCCCUUCGCGCGGCUCAUCCGGGAGAUCCUGAUGGAGUACAGCCACCGGGAGCUGCGCAUCACGCCGGAGAGCUUGCAGUGUCUGCAGGAGUCGGCGGAGGUGUUUGCGGUGCAGCUGAUGGAGGACGCGUACCGGUGCACGCUGCACCGCGACCGGCUCACGCUGAUGCCCAAGGACAUGAAGCUGGCGGUGAUGCUGCGCAAGGAUAGUGUGAUGGUGUGA